UAUGUCUAACGAAUAUGAAUCAAAAAUCUUGUUUGCUAUUUAUCGUCUAUAUAAGUCUGAAUAAAUUAAUGAAGACCAAAGAGGAGAACUUAAAGGUAAAAUAUUAAUAACCCCUUUAAGAUCUCCUAAUAACAAAGAAUAAUCAAAUAAUGAACCUUGUUGAACCUUAUGAAGAAACUUUACUAACAAUUUUUGAUAAUCAUUCAGAUGCUACAUCGUUAUGCAGUUAAAAAUCAUACAAAAAUUUGAGACCAUCUAAAUUAGAUAUUAGACCUGCUUAUAGAAAGUCAUUGCAAGAUAUCUCUUAGAGUAUCAAUCAUUAGAGUCUGUCAACCAUGUUCAAGAAGAAAAAAUUCGUUAAUUGAU